GUGAUGAUCAAUCUCCGUCCGGGAGCAAGCAACCCCUGCCUGCGAGAUGUCCCUUUCCGCAAAAUCGUGGGUUUUUCUCCAGUCUCCGGUAAACUGAAGCCACAAGUGAAGAAGCCACGUCGGUGCGUGGUGGUUACGAUUACUCCCGGGCCGGCAUCGUCUUCUCUUCCAUCUCACGCGCUCCCGACUUCCGACUAGUCUCUGGGGCGGGCGGGCGGAGCUCAGAUCCCCGGCGGGCGGAUUCCAGAUCGAGAAAGGCCCAGCUCAAAGGAAGAAAGAAUGGUGAAGGAUGUCCAUGAGCCAUCGAACGGCGUGUCUCUGAACAGUUCGCCUUCGCAAAGUAUUGCUAAUUCAGAAAAGAUUAAUCCUGGACAAAUUCCAGAGUUGACAUGGGAACACAAGCUAAGCCAUGUUAGAUAUGAUUUGCCGUCAUUUGGACUUACAUGGAGGGAGAUACGGCAGAUGGCUGGUCUUGGUUUACGUCUUGGUCGACACAUCCUUGAGGAAACUUCAAAAGGACGAACUGCUAUUAUUGAUCCCAUGAAGAAGCGCACUGCAAAAUCUGGUCAGGGUGUUCCACUUGGAGGCAUUGGUGCAGGAAGUAUUGGAAGAAGCUGCAAAGGCGAGUUUCAACGCUGGCAAUUGUUCCCCGGAGCCUGUGAAGAUAAGGCAGUAAUGGCAAAUCAAUUUUCUGCCUUCAUUUCCCGCAAAGACGGUGCAAAAUAUUCGACAGUGUUGCAUCCUGGGAAACCGGAUUUGCCAAAAGGAACUAACGUUUCAGGAAUUGGAUCCUGGGAUUGGAAUCUGAAUGGGCAGAAAUCUACUUAUCAUGCACUUUACCCUAGGGCCUGGACUGUUUAUGAUGGAGAACCUGACCCGGAUCUCAAGAUAAUGUGCCGUCAGAUUUCUCCAAUUAUUCCACACAAUUAUCAACAGAGCAGUUAUCCUGUUGCAGUAUUCACUUUCACAGUAACUAAUUCAGGAACCACAGCUGCUGAUGUGACUUUGCUUUUUACAUGGGCUGUAAGUUCUUAUUUGAUACCCUGCAUUUUUAUUCUACUUCUGGGCCUUUCAACUUCAGAUAAGUUUAUAUAUCUGCAGAACUCUGUUGGUGGAAAAUCUGAACUCACAGGAUACCAUUCUAAUUCUAGUAUGACAGAAAAGGAUGGCGUGCAUGGUGUACUGUUACACCACAGAACAGCUGAUGGACUGCCACCAGUAACUUUCGCCAUAGCUGCACAAGAGAAAGAGGGUGUUCAUAUCUCUGAAUGCCCUUACUUUAUGAUGUCCGGUAACUCUGAUGAAUUCACAGCAAAAGAUAUGUGGAACUCAGUGAAAGAGCAUGGAUCUUUUGAUCUGCUUGAUCCUGUCAAUUCAUCAACGUCCUCCAAACCAGGAACAUCAAUAGGAGCAGCUAUUGCAGCUUCAGUUAAGCUUGCUCCUCAGGCAACCCAGAAUGUUUCAUUUUCACUUGCAUGGGCUUCCCCUGAAGUAAAGUUCUGCAGUGGAAAAACCUACCAUAGGCGUUAUACAAAAUUCUAUGGCACAGAUGUUGAUGCAGCUGCAAGCCUUGCCCGUGAUGCCAUUCUUAAUCAUAGUUCCUGGGAAAUGCAAAUUGAGGAUUGGCAGCAUCCUAUUUUGCAAGACAAGAGGUUUCCUGAAUGGUAUCCAGUCACACUAUUCAAUGAACUUUAUUAUCUUAAUGCCGGAGGAACUAUAUGGACAGAUGGAUUGCCACCAAUUCAAAGUUUAACAGCAAUUGGAGGAAAAAAGUUCUCCCUUGACAUGUCAAAUGGAGAAACAGAUGAUGACAAUGAGAUGAACCCACAGACUAAUACUGCCACUGACAUUCUUCAUCAAAUGGCAUCAGUACUUGAGAGAAUUCAUGCAUCUCUUGCAUCAAAUUCUGCUAUAGGAACAACUUUGCUUCAGGGUGAAGAGAACAUUGGCCAAUUUCUCUACCUUGAGGGAAUUGAAUACUAUAUGUGGAACACAUAUGAUGUUCAUUUCUAUUCAUCUUUUUCACUUAUCAUGCUAUUUCCAAAACUUCAACUCAGCGUUCAGAGAGACUUCGCUGCCGCUGUCAUGAUGCACGACCCUGAAAAACUCAAGCUCUUACAUGAUGGAAAAUUGGCGGCAAGAAAAGUUCUUGGAGCUGUUCCUCACGAUCUUGGUCUAUAUGACCCUUGGUUCAAAGUGAACGCAUACACACUCCAUAACACAGACCGUUGGAAGGACUUGAACCCAAAGUUUGUAUUGCAAGUUUACAGAGAUGUUGUGGCCACAGGCGAUAAAUCCUUCGCUCGAGCUGUUUGGCCAUCUGUUUAUAUGGCGAUGGCGUAUAUGGAACAAUUUGAUAAAGAUAAAGAUGGAAUGAUUGAAAAUGAGGAUUUCCCAGAUCAAACUUAUGAUGUUUGGUCCAUGGCUGGUGUAAGUGCAUACUGUGGUGGUCUUUGGGUGGCUGCUCUUCAGGCUGCGUCGGCCUUGGCACACGAAGUUGGUGACAAAGCUUCUGAAAAGCUUUUCUGGAACAAGUAUGAGAAGGCUAAAUCUGUUUAUGACAAGAAGCUGUGGAAUGGUUCUUACUUCAAUUAUGAUGAUGCUGGCACUAAAGCUAGUACCUCCAUUCACGCUGAUCAGUUGGCUGGACAAUGGUAUGCCAAAGCCUGCGGCCUCUCCUCAAUUGUUGACAAGGACAAAUCACAAAGUGCACUUGAAAAGAUAUAUACUUUUAACGUAAUGAAGUUCAAGGAUGGUAACAGGGGAGCAAUCAAUGGGAUGUGGCCAGAUGGUACACUGGACAUGUCCACAAUGCAAUCUAGGGAGAUAUGGCCAGGCGUGACAUACGCGCUUGCUGCAUCUAUGAUUCAAGAAGGCAUGGUUGAGGAGGGUUUCAAAACAGCUGAAGGAGUCUAUCAUGCUGCCUGGUCUUCAGAAGGACUUGGAUACGCAUUCCAAACUCCUGAAUCUUGGAACAAUGACGAUGAGUACCGGUCCUUGUGCUACAUGCGCCCACUCGCCAUAUGGGCGAUACAGUGGGCACUCUCAAACCCAAAGCUCCACAAGGAGCCUCAGACAGACAUAACACAAGAUUCUUUUCCGAAGAACCAGUUCUCAUAUGCACGAAUAGCGAAGCUCCUGCAGUUACCUGAAGAUGAAUCGUCCAAGAGCGUCCCUCGGGUUAUCUAUGAGAUAGUUCGGAACAGGUUUACUUCAUGAUAUAUGGGCCGCGACAUGCCUGAAUGUUGAAUGCACUAUUGGAGCAACAUUGUUCAAUUUGGUUGUUGAUUGCGGAAACAUGUUAUUGGUCAGCACACAUUAGUAUGGAGUUAAUGGUAAUAAAAGAUGAGAUCCAUGUAUGUAGCCCAGUAGAAAAUAGUAUGUCACGUUGUUCUUCGGAGUGAUCUUGUACGGCUGUGCUAUAAUCUUGAGUACAACAAAAGGGGGAAAUCAUUUCUUAA